GGCUGGAAGUAGCGCCCGAAGGGUGGGGGGGGGCGUCAAGCGAAGCGAGUUAGGCCUUGAGAGCGAGCGGGGCGCCUGGGGAGGCCCCAGCAGAGAAUCUUCACAAUGACUACAGUGGUAGAGCGGAAGUUUGUUAAUUUAAGGAAACGAUUGGAUCAGUUGGGAUAUCGACAACCACUAGGAGUAGAAAGUUUGCCUCUGGUGGAAAAACUUUUCAGUGACCUUGUUCAUACAACUGAGAGCCUCCGGAGCACGAAGUUAUCUGCUGGAAAAAUUGAAAAAGAAUGCAGUAACUUUGAUGUUGUUCUGGAACCUUAUCGAGAAGAAAAUGCUAGGCUCACACGUGAAAAUAAUGAAUUGCACUUAGAAGUUCUGAAAUUGAAAGAGCAAUUGGAAGAUCAGGUCAAAGAUUUGAAAGCUACUUUGAGAAAAUUUGAACAUGAGAAUUCAGAUAUGAAAUUUUUGAAUAAUCAGUAUAUACAUAAAAUGAGGUCAUUAGAAAAAGAAAACAAAGCCAAGACUGACAAAAUUCAACAGCUUCAAGAGAAAAAUCUACAAGCUGUGGUACAGACGACGAGGUACAGUGGUAAGAAACGAAAUAUUCCAUUUCGACGUCAGCGUAUGCAAAUAGAUCAGCCAGUUCCUCCUUCAGGGAUUGGCGCCUAUCCAGUUCCUCAACCGAAUGACCCAUAUAUUGCCGAUCUUCUUCAAGUGGCUGACAACAGAAUUCAUGAGCUGCAGAUUGAAGUAGACGACUUGCAGGAAAAACUAGAGAUAGCUGAACGUGAAAUGAAAAAUUACAGCAAACAGGUUGAGCUCCGAGACAGUGAGAUUGAACGUUUAGGAUUCGCACUAGAUGGCGGUCGUUCUCAUGAUGUAAUAUCUCUGGAAGCCAAAAGCAAAAGUAAUGAAAAAAUUAUUGAUCACUUGAAUUUGCAGGUUGAAUUUCUACAGCAAACAAACAAAGAGCUUGAAAAGCGCAUAGAAGAUCUUUUGGAUAGCAGGCAAAAUAUGACCAGUGAAGUGGCUCAUUUAAGCAACAAAAAUGAAGAACUAUGUCAAGAAUUGACUGAAAUUGAUCACUUGGCCCAACAGUUGGAGAGGCAUAAAGAAAUUGUGCUUGAAACUGCAGAUAAAGAAAUUGGAGAGGCUAAGGAAGAAAUUAAAAAAAGACGCAGUGAAGUACAAGAUCGCGAGGAGAUCAUAGCAAGACUGAAGUUAGAGUUAUCUUCCUAUCGCAGAGAAAAAGAAAAAUUGAGUGAAGAACUCUUUGGAAAAUCAGAGGAAAAACAAAAUCUUGAGAUACUGUUAAACCAGACUCAAGCAGAAAACCAUAGAUGGUCCAAAAAAGUUGAAAACCUUGAAAUUAUAAAUCGUGAACUUGUCAUAGAGCUAGAGAGAAUGAGGCUGGAGGGUGGCAUAGCCCUUGGAGACAAGUCACCUUCUCGCCUAGAUGUAUUUGUAAAGACCAUAGAGGAAGACAGGGACUAUUAUAAGCGAGAACUAGAGUGUCUCCAAAAGAUAUUUAAAAGAAGAUCUAGCCCAUUGCGCAAAUCUCCAGAAAAGAGUGAAGACCUUAGGUUAGUUAUACGAGAGAGAGAUGAGCUACAGUCUAUGCUCGACAGAUUUGAAAAGCAUAUGAUAGACAUUCAGUCUAAUGUCAAACUAUUAACUGUAGAAAAAGACAAAUUAAGUGUCCUUUAUGAACAGUCUCAGAAUGAAUUAAACUUACUACGGAGAGAGAAAAAAACCUGUUUUCUAACAAAAAAUCAUGCAGAAGAAGAAAGGAAUAACGCAUUGGCUGAUUUCAGAAGAGCAGCAUCUGAAAAAGAAGGACUGAGGGAGAAAUUAAAGAUCCUGCAGGAGGAAUAUACUUUAGAUAAAUUAAAAUUGGAACAGGAAGUAUCAAGAUUGGAAAGCACUCUUAAAAGAUUGGAAACAGAACGUCUCGAUCAAGUAUCUACAGCGUCACUGUUAAAAGACAAAAUAAGCUCUUUGGAAGAUGAACUAAACAUGAAGACUCAUCAGCUCUUAAAUACAUCUGAAGAUUCUGCACAGUUUAAGUCAGAAUUGAGUUCACUAAAACUAUUAAAUGAACAGAUUCAGAAAUCCCUAGAUGAGAUACAGCAUCAACUAACUCUUAAAGAAAAUGAACUUCAAUCAGCACAAGAGGAAAUUGAGAUAUUAGAGGACAAAAUAGAGACACUCCAAACUAAGAGCUUAUCACAAAAUGAGUCUGUUAUGCUGCUCAGAAGUACCGUUAAUGCCUUGGAUAAGGAAAAAGACAGCCUUCAGGAAAGUAUAGAUGAAAAAACUGAAAAAAUUGCAUAUCUAGAAGACAAUUUAGCUAACAAGGAAAAAACUAUCUUCAGUUUACAAAAAACAGUUGCUCAAUUGGAAUUGUCUUUAGACCAAUUAAAGGAUGCCUUAAAUGGGAAAGACCGUGACCUUGCCAGUCUCCACCGCCAGUUUGAUGCGGUACACUCAGAGCUUGGAGAAACCAUCAGAGUGAAAGAAAUGGCUCUGAAGGAAAACAGAAGAUUACAGGAUGAUCUAGCUACAAUGACUAGAGAAAACCAGGUAAUCUCAACUGAAUUGGAAGUAACUUUACGUGAAAAAGAAGAACUGAAAGUUAGAGUUCAUAAUUAUAUUACUGAAGUCUCCAGAUUUGAAAGUUUAAUGUCCUUAAAGGAAAGAGAAAAUAAAGAAUUAUUGGAGAAGUUCCAGAUGCUUCACAGCCAAGCCGAAGAUUGGGAAGUAAAGGCUCAUCAAGCUGAGGGACAAAACAGCUCUGUACGAUUAGAGCUCCUUUCGGUUGAUACUGAACGAAGACACCUUAGAGAAAGAGUAGAAUUAUUGGAAAAAGAAAUUCAAGAGCACAUCAUUGCACAUCAAACAUAUGAGUCGCAAAUUUCUUCAAUGGCAAAAAAUAUGGCCAAGCUGGAAGAAAUUCUCAGACGUGAAAAAGAAGAAAAAUCUUCAAUAAAUCACGAUGUGUCUGCUGUUAGAGAUUUAUGUGUCAAACUGGAAUCUAGCAAAGAUCUGCUCUCACGUCAAUUAACAUCCAAAUCUCUGGAAUUUGAAAGGAUUAUGUCUGAAUUUGAAGAUACAAAGUCAGAAACAGAGCUGUUAAAAAAGCAACUGUCAAGUGAGCGACUUACAAUACAAAACUUGGAAACCCUCUUGUCUACCAGCAGAGACAAAGAUUUUCAGAACCAUUUGAUAACCCAUGAAAAAGAUUCAGAGAUACAAUUGCUCAAAGACAAGUUAACACUCUCGGAGAGUAAAUUAACAAGCCUUAGUAGAGAAGUUUCUAUACUGCGAAAUAAGCUUACACAGCUGCAGACUGAUUAUGAUAUUGUGAAAAGACAGCUGACAACAGAGCAAUUUGAACGGGAACGGGCCAUUCAAGAGAUGCGAAGGCUUGGCUUCACUGCCUCUUCUCUCCCCACCUCUUCACCGCUUAGCUCAACUUUGAGAUCCCCAUCACAUUCUCCAGAGAGGGCAUUUUCAGGAACAACAGAACGAACAGAAAAUUCGGAAAUAAAGUUUGAGGAAUUGACACACCUGAGUUCCAGCUUUUAAAGACAAAAUGAGGCAGUUUAAAAUACAAAACUAAUUAGGUAAGAAUGAAUUUUAUUGCAAGGAAACUAAUGUUGUAGUUUUUGUCACAAUAUAGUAACAAGUUGUCAGAUACAGUACAGUACAUUCCUUAAUUGACAAAGCUUUGUACCAUCUUGAUAUUAUCAAUAAGCAAUCUGCACAAAGCACUAAAACAUUUAACAUCCAGAGCUAUUUUGGGCAUAACUUGACUAUGUUUGUGGAUAUUUUAUUAAAAGAACACAAUUUCAAUUACUGAACAAAAUCCAUGAAUUAAAGCAGCAGGAACAUUCUUGGGCCAUCUGUGUAACCAAAAGUUCAUGGAAUUUUGGACUGGGGUAUAUAUGCCAUAAUAAUAGCUGUUAUUUUAUAGCAUUAAUUUUGGAUUAUGUUGUUACUAAUGUACUUGAUAUCACUAAGAAGACGAUACUAAAGAUAUUAUGAUUAAAUAAAGUAAUUUCAGUUUUCGAGGAA